AUGAGUCUUCUUUCUGGUAUUGGAGGCUCUUGUCUCGAGACUGAAAAGGUUACGAGUGAGACUAGACGGGAUAGCAGUAUUAGUCUCGAGGACGAUGCCUAUAAGCGACAUGUUCCUGAACGUGUCAAGCCUUCCCUUGUCUCUUUCAAUCUUCGUAUAUUUGACGAGCCACAAGGGACGAGUGCGGAGUUGGACUGUCUUCCUCCACCAAGUCCUGCAUCAUUGCCUUCCGUCGUUGCACCAAUGGAUGUCUACCUUCGACGCGAAGACAGCCACGAAUAUAGAAUGAUGAGGUUCAGUGGUUGCAUACCAAGUCAAGACAAACUGGCUUCUGAGCCUAGAGACGUAUCGCCUGAGACUUCGAGUUGGGAGGUUGUCAAAGACCCAGAAUGCGGUCGAGACACGCCAGACACUCCUGCACUAAGCCCAAAGUCAACUCCUGUUCGACCAACCAAAGUUCCCGAGUCAGACUCGGAUAUAUCUGAGCUCGCAUUGUCUGUUGAUUCCCAACCUUUGAGUGAAGAUACAGAGGCGUACAGAGAGGCUGUUGCUGAGUAUCAACUUGCUUCGAAGCGAUCCAUCUGCGGUGGCGACGCAGCUUCCAAGAGACCUCGCACCUGCAGAGACGCGAGGAAAAAGUCAAGAGGGGAGAAGAAGAAAGCGGAGGGAGAGCAAGAAGAGGGGUAG